AUGCCAGCUUUUAUUCUACAUGGCGCUCGCGGCUCAACAAACACUGAUCGAGUCCGUCUAACUCUUGCCGAAGGCGGCUUUACGGAUUACGAGCUCGUGUUUCUCAACCUUCAAAGAGGAGAGCAGAAAUCCGAAGAACACAUGAAACAUCAUCCAUGGGGCAAAGUACCCGUGUUGACCUUCCCCGAUGGUUUCGCCCUCCACGAGAGUCGCGCAAUCUGCAAAUAUCUCGCAAGAAAGUACUCAUUUCCUCUUCUACCUCCAGACUCCGACGUCGAAGCUGCGGCACUGUUCGACCAGGCGCAGUGCGCAGAAAUGUCCUACUUUUCAGAGCCUGCAGGUAAAAUCGCCUUUGAGACAUUCGUGAAAAAAUUUAUUGGACUGUCUCCGGAUGAAGUCAUUGUCUCAGAUGCACUGCGUUCGCUCGAGAUGUUUUUCGAUGUUGCGGAACGUCUCUUGCUCGAAAGAAAAUACAUGGCUGGAAACGACUUUACUCUCGUGGACAUCUACUACAUUCCGAUGAUACAGAGGCUUUUUGUGUGCGGAUAUGGGGAUAUCGUCCUUAGUCGCAAAGCCGUGAAUGCUUGGUGGAAGCGCUGCGUGAACCGCCCAGCCAUACAGACGAUGUUGACCACUGACAAGGAAGCUGCAAUUGCUGCUAGUCGAUAG